UGCUCGCACUUCGUGUUUAACUCUCUUCCGAGAGAAACGGGAUUUGGUUGCAGUCGUGUACGCCGCACUGGAACACUACUGAAAUCAGUCACAAAAAAGCAGUCGAUCCGAGCAGAAGCAUAGCAAGAGCAAAGCAGAAGCAAAGGCAAAAGCAAAAGCAAGACAGUAAUUGACAUAGAGACAAAGACAAAAAUCUGAGAAAUCACAGUUGAACCACAUACAGACAUAUUGUGUUCUGGAAAGUGAAGUGUUGAUCUUGAAAGAAGCGAAAGUUAAACAAAGUGUUCAAAAUAGCUGGAAUGGCCACCUUAUCGACGCACCCCAAUUACGGUUUCCAUUUGGGCCAGGCCCAGGGCUUGGAGGACUACGCCCAGCAAAGUCAGCUCCAGCUGAGUCCCGGCAUGGACAUGGAUAUCAAGCGUGUGCUGCACUACUCCCAAAGCCUGGCGGCCAUGGGCGGAUCGCCCAAUGGACCCGCCGGCCAGGGUGUGAACGGAUCCACGGGCAUGGGACACCACAUGUCCAGUCACAUGACCCCGCACCACAUGCACCAGGCGGUCUCCGCCCAACAGACCUUGUCGCCCAACAGUUCCAUCGGAUCCGCCGGCAGUCUGGGCAGCCAGAGCAGCCUGGGCAGCAAUGGCAGUGGUCUGAACUCCAGUUCCGGACACCAGUCCGCCGGCAUGCACAGUCUGGCCACAUCGCCGGGUCAGGAGGGUCACAUCAAGCGUCCGAUGAACGCGUUCAUGGUCUGGUCCCGCCUGCAGCGUCGUCAGAUCGCCAAGGAUAAUCCCAAGAUGCACAACUCCGAGAUCUCCAAGCGCCUGGGUGCCGAGUGGAAGCUGCUGGCCGAGUCCGAGAAGCGACCAUUCAUCGACGAGGCCAAGCGCUUGAGGGCCCUGCACAUGAAGGAGCACCCGGACUACAAGUACCGGCCACGCCGCAAGCCCAAGAACCCACUGACCGCUGGACCCCAGGGUGGACUGCAGAUGCAGGCCGGCGGCAUGGGUCAACAGAAGCUGGGCGCUGGACCGGGCGCUGGAGCCGGGGGCUACAAUCCCUUCCAUCAGCUGCCGCCAUACUUCGCACCCUCACACCAUCUGGACCAGGGCUAUCCAGUGCCGUACUUUGGAGGAUUUGACCCACUGGCCCUAUCGAAAUUGCAUCAAUCGCAGGCAGCGGCGGCGGCGGCGGUCAACAAUCAGGGUCAGCAGCAAGGACAAGCCCCGCCCCAAUUGCCGCCCACCUCGCUGAGCAGCUUCUACUCGGGCAUUUACUCCGGCAUCUCGGCACCCUCGCUGUACGCCGCACACUCCGCCAAUGCCGCCGGACUCUACCCAUCCUCGUCCACCUCCUCGCCGGGAUCAUCGCCCGGAACCAUCACGCCAAAUGGCAUGGACGGAUCCAUGGACAGCGCCCUGAGGCGACCGGUUCCGGUGCUCUAUUAGAGCCGCGUUUUAGGGUAGAGUACAGAGUAGAGUACAAUUGUUGACGCAUUCCCAAAGUGAUCCACUGGUUUUAAAUCUUCAAAAGCUCUAAGUAAGCCAAUCCUCCAAACCACUCCGCUUAAUUCUAGUACAAUCUUCGCGCACUUCAAAUCUAGAGACUAAGGAAGGCAAACACACACACAAAACAUUCCUAGCCAAUACACAAACUAUAAAUUAUAAUUUAUUUAGCGCACUCACUACACCGCAAAGAAAAUGGAAAAUGAAAGAAAAAACGUAAUUGUAAAUUAAUUUUAUUUAGUUUUAAGCAUUGAGCGAGCGCCACCUCC